AUGGAGUAUAAUCUCUGUGCUGCUCUUGGUUAUACCAUAGAAGAAGACAAGCUGUGGAAAGCUGUGGUGCUUUUUGAUAUACCACAAAAGAAGACAAGCUGUGGUCGUCUGGGACAUACCACAGAAGAAGACAAGCUGUGGUGCUCUGGGAUAUACCACAGAAGAAGACAAGCUGUGGUGCUCUUUGAUACACCACAGAAGAAGACAAGCUGUGGUGUUCUGGGACAUACCACAGAAGAAGACAAGCUGUGGUGUUCUGGGACAUACCACAGAAGAAGACAAGCUGUGGUGUUCUGGGACAUACCACAGAAGAAGACAAGCUGUGGUGUUCUGGGACAUACCACAGAAGAAGACAAGCUGUGGUGUUCUGGGACAUACCACAGAAGAAGACAAGCUGUGGUGUUCUGGGACAUACCACAGAAGAAGACAAGCUGUGGUGUUCUGGGACAUACCACAGAAGAAGACAAGCUGUGGUGUUCUGGGACAUACCACAGAAGAAGACAAGCUGUGGUCGUCUGGGACAUACCACAGAAGAAGACAAGCUGUGGUGUUCUGGGAUAUACCACAGAAGAAGACAAGCUGUGGUGUUCUGGGACAUACCACAGAAGAAGACAAGCUGUGGUGUUCUGGGACAUACCACAGAAGAAGACAAGCUGUGGUGUUCUGGGACAUACCACAGAAGAAGACAAGCUGUGGUGUUCUGGGACAUACCACAGAAGAAGACAAGCUGUGGUGUUCUGGGAUAUACCACAGAAGAAGACAAGCUGUGGUGCUCUGGGACAUACCACAGAAGAAGACAAGCUGUGGUGCUCUGGGACAUACCACAGAAGAAGACAAACUGUGGUGCUCUGUGACAUACCACAGAAGAAGAAGAUAAAAUGCCUCUUUACUGUUGAGAUGGAGCAGGGCGCUGCCCAAGUGGACAAGGAAGAGGAGGAGGAAGGGAGGAAUGAAGAGGAGGAGAUCCAUGAUAAGAUUAGUUGUCAUCCUCUCGCAACCAGUCUUUCCAAACAGCUGGAGCUCAGCUCCAACUGCCACUUUCCCCUCACCUUAAUAACCACUGGGAGUUACAAAGAAAACGAGAGUGCUCAAAACAAGAUGGCCGGCUUCCCCAAGAAACUGCAGAGAUGCAGCUCCCCAGAAGCGUGGGUACUGAAGAAUGAACUGUCAGAAGAGAGAGAAGUGGGGGAACGAAAGACUUCCGAUAGUGACGAUGAUGGAGGUGCCCUCACCAAGGCCACGAAAGCUAUGAGAAAGCUCCCUGCAACCCCAGGAGAGGAUAAACCAAAAAGGAACAGAAUCUUUCAGACGCUGGUGUCUCCUGUAUCCCGUAAGAGGAGCACAGACAACACACAGACAAAGGGCAGCCUGCCAACAGAUGAAACGCUGUCACCGUCCAGGCCGUCUCGCUCCCGCCGGGGGAAACAGAAGGCCAAGUCCUUCUCCUCUGCCGACCUGACCCCCUCUGAGGGACAGAAAUGGAACUCUUUUCGGAGGCUUCUCGAUCUGAAACUCUCUGUCAAGAGGCUGCCCAAGCUGCUAGCCAAGGGAGGCCAGUCUCUAGACACCACUGCAGCUGAGGCAGAACAAUAUGCGGAUGAUGUAUUCCAAGACCGUGGCGUCUGUUUCCAGGAACGCCUGGGCAUUCGGGUGGGGGAUGCCCGCAAGUUCUCCUGUCCCCAGCUGGGGGUGAUUGGGGUUGGGGUUGGGGCGGAGCAGAGCGUGGACGGGGAUGAGAUCCACUACCCCGGAGCGGAGCAGGCUGUGGAGUAUGAAAAUGUUCCCUAUUACGAGGCCAUACCUGAGUAUUUUAUCCAGCCUGUUGGACUGGGAUUACGGGGGAGUGAGCUGGGGGUGGGUACACCACCGGACCAGUCGGAGUGCCACAAUCACCUGUAUGAUGAUGCCGAUAUCUAUGAGGAACAGGAGCCGUACCAUCCCCUGAAGAGACACAGUGAACACAGCAGCACUGAGGAAUUCUUCUAUGAGGAACAGGAGCCGUACCAUCCCCUGAAGAGACGCAGUGAACAACAACUGAACCAGCACAGCAGCACUGAGAGGAGUUCUAUAGAUGAGGAUGUUGGCCCGCUAGAUGAAGGUCAGUCGGAUGAAGACGUCAUGGUUCAGAGUUCAGAUGAAGAGGAUGAUGAGAGUUCCUCCUCUAGCAAAGGAGAACCUGAGAAGCCUGAGGAGAGGGAGGCUGGCAGUGGUGCCAAGCGGAACAAGAUAGUCCACAUCGCCAGAGAGAUCAUGAGCUCCGAGAAUGUAUUUGUCAACGUCCUGAAGCUUCUCCAUAUCGAUUUCCGUGACGCGGUGGCGAAGGCUUCUCGUCCGAGUGGGAAGCCUAUUAUAGAGGAGGCUAUUCUGAACCAGAUCCUGUACUAUCUGCCUCAGCUCUACGAACUGAACCAGGACCUGCUCAGAGAGCUGGAGGACAGGGUUGCCCAGUGGGAUGAACAUGGUCGUCUAGCUGACAUCUUUGUGAAGAAAGGGCCUUAUCUGAAGAUGUAUUCCACAUACAUCAGAGAGUUUGACAAGAAUGUGGCCCUACUAGACGAGCAUAGCAGGAAGAAUCCAGCCUUCGCUGCAGUGGUGCGGGAAUUUGAGGCUGGUCCUCGCUGUGCCAGUCUGGCUCUGAGGCAUUACCUGCUGAAGCCUGUUCAGAGGAUCCCUCAGUAUCAGAUGCUGCUCACAGACUACCUGAAGAACCUGUCUCCAGACUCGGCAGAUUACAAAGACACACAAGCUGCUCUGGGCAUCGUGAAGGAGGUGGCCAACCAUGCCAAUGACAUCAUGAAACAGGGGGAUAACUUCCAGAAGCUGAUUCAGGUUCAGUGCCGUCUGAAUGGACACCAUGAGAUCGUCCUGCCUGGGAGGGUGUUCCUGAAAGAGGGUGUUCUGAUGAAGCUCUCCAGGAAGGUCAUGCAGCCCAGGAUGUUCUUCCUGUUCAACGACACGUUGCUGUACACCACACCAGUUCAAUCUGGCCAGUUCAAACUCAACAACAUGCUGUCUCUGACUGGGAUGAAGGUCAGCAAGCCCAGCCAAGAGGCCUUUCAGAAUGAGCUGACCAUUGAGAGUGUGGAACGUUCCUUCAUACUCUCUGGCAGUUCUGCGGUUGAGAGAGAUGAUUGGCUGGAGGCCAUCUCCACAGCGAUCAAUGACUACACCAGGAAGAAGAUUUCCUUCAUCUCCAGCAAGACUCUGGAGGAGACUGGGUCUGAGGACAGUGGCAGUGGGGCCCCUUUGGGUUCUAAGGCCCCUAUCUGGAUCCCAGACCCAAGGGCCACCAUGUGUAUGGUCUGUACCUGUGAGUUCACCCUCACCUGGAGACGACACCACUGCCGAGCCUGUGGAAAGGUGGUGUGCCAGUCCUGCUCCUCCAACAAACACUGUCUGGAGUAUCUGAAGAACCAGCUGGCCAGAGUGUGUGAUCAGUGCUUUAUUGUACUACAGCAGAGAAGUGAAAAGGACCUGUCUGCAACUCUCUCCCCUGGUGGAAAAUCCUCCUUUGCUUUCGCCAGGAAAACGAAGAAGAUCCCUGCUGCCCUCAAGGAGGUGUCAGCGAACACAGACAACUCGUCUAUGAGUGGUUACCUGCAGAGGUCAAAGGGCAUUAAGAAGCAGGGGAAGAGGCUUUGGUUCGUCAUCAAGAACAAAGUCCUGUAUACGUACGCUGCCAGUGAGGACGUGGCAGCGUUAGAGAGCCAGCCAUUGCUGGGCUUCAUGUUGAAAGAGGAGGAAGAAGGGGCAGGACCGCCAGUUCAGAAGCAACAGUUCAAGCUCUAUCACAAAAACACGCUGCAUUACAUUUUCAAGGCAGACGACAGCCAAACUGCCCAACGGUGGAUAGAUGCGUUCAAGGAAGCUAUGGUGCUCUAACCAUCAUUCUCUGACCAUCAGGAAGCUAUGGUGCUCUAACCAUCAUUCUCUGACCAUCAGGAAGCUAUGGUGCUCUAACCAUCAUUCUCUGACCAUCAGGAAGCCAUGGUGCUCUAACCAUCAUUCUCUGACCAUCAGGAAGCCAUGGUGCUCUAACCAUCAUUCUCUGACCAUCAGGAAGCCAUGGUGCUCUAACCAUCAUUCUCUGACCAUCAGGAAGCCAUGGUGCUCUAACCAUCAUUCUCUGUACCUGCAGUCGAUGAACUGUACCUAAAGCAGUGACGUUACGAAGGUGUGACCGUGUCACUGUAUGAUGAUGUGAAUUUUGUAAUUGUAUUGUAAUACAAUUAAUUAUGUCUCUACUGAAAACCAAUAAGAGCACAGUGGAGUCAUUAAUUGCUGAUGCAAGCAUAAUACCUAUAUCCCCAAAUGAAGGAUUUCUAAGCAAAAAUGAAAUAAACAUUUUUAUUGUUGAUAUGAAGCAGAUUUUUGGGUGGGAUUAUGGCUCAUAGAACACAGGUGGGUCGUUCCAUCAAUUAGGUGCCUUUUUGAGCAGUCUAACGGGGUGAAACAAAACGUUUGAUUUCACCUCAUUUUAACAUUUUAUCAUGAAGAGCACAUGUUCAACUUCAUAAAAAUAAAAAAAAUCCAUCUCGAGGUUGAAUAAAAAAAUAUACUAUAGUAUAAGUGCAAAAUAAAGUAACAGGGUUGGCGAUUUCAUCUUUAAACAGUCAUAAAUCCCCUUGUGACAGGAGGAUUGGAAGUUUGUUGUGUGCCACAGGGAUGAGCAAUUGAAAGUAAACUUCAUAUUUUUGUUUUAUUUUAUUGUUAAAACAUUUCUAGCCUGUCCAUCUAUGUGUCACAGGGUUGACAUGUUAUGUUUGACCCACUCACUUUUCCACUUAAAAACCCCAGAAAAUGGCCAAGAUUAGUAGAACCAGCUUACCUGCUUAUACAUAUGCUUAUGCUUAUUUUUUAAAUGAAUAGUUUCACCAUAAUAAAAUGAGAGUUCAGCUCACAUAACAGGGUUGACAAAAUGAGGGACAGACGUAAAUUAAUCACUAAUCACAUUAAAAUAAAUACAUUUUCAGAAAUUACUUUGUCAAAGUAACAAAAUAACUAGAGCUUGACAAUGAUGGUGAAAUCUUGGAUAAAUGCUGGGAUUAAAGUGUGUUAAAAUCUUCAUAGUUGGUCCACGGAGGGAUGUCAAAAUUCAGCAUUUUUGCACUUUAGCAAGUGUUUUAUUAAAUGACCCAUGUGCUAUAUAUAUAAAGGGCACUUCAAUUUUUAUUUUUAUUUAACUAAGCAAGGCACUUAAGAACAAAUUCUUAUUUACAAUGAUGGCCUACCCUGGCCAAACCCUAGCUGGGACAAUGCUGGGACAAUUGUGUGCCGCCCUAUGGGACUCCAAAUCACUUCUGGUUGUGCUACAGCUUGGAAUCGAACCAGGGUCUGUUGUGACGCCUCUAGCACUGAGAUGCAGUGCCUUAGACCGCUGCGCCACUCGGGAGCCCAAAUUAAUAUAACAGGCUUUUAAAAUGCAAUAUUUGGCCGCAAUUUCUACUUAAAAUGUCAGAGACGCAAAAGGCACUUAUUUCGUGGAACAACCCAGGUGCUAAAGUCAUUAUACAUGGUUGAAGACCAUAUUUGGCCGUAUUUUACCAAUUCAAAUGUCGUCAGCCCUGGAGGCUUGCACAUCAGAGCUGUAGAGUUUUGUUACCGACAUGUCAUUGUGUCAUUACUGGUGACAUCUGCAUUUUUUAGUAUUUACCGUUAAGGUUGAUUGAAUAUCUUAUUUUAAUGUGUUAUGCAGAACAGUCAAAUAAAUGUGUGGUUUUAUCACAGGACUUGUUCUAUGGAA